GACUUGACACUUGACUAAGUAACUUCAAAGUGGAAGGUUGAGAAGUUUUGCACUUCAAAGGGUUUGCUACAUCCAAGAAAAUGCCGUUUGUUUAUUUGGGAGUCCAUUUACCGUUUAAAUCGUACCGAAAAAUUAAAUUGGAUAAUUUUGAAAUCGACAGCAAAACAGAACAGCUCCGAUUGGAAGCUAGCAAAGCAAUUAAUGAUCUACCAGCUGAGGAUUUCGAUUUUAUUUAUUGUGGUGAUAUACUCAGCGAUGGUGAUGUGCUCAAAGAUAAAGGCGUACAAAAUGGGUCAGUGAUUCAGUUGAUUCAGAAAAAAAGAGAAUGUUCUUCAAUACCGGAGGUACACAAUUUUACCGAAGCGGAUGUGCAAGAAGCUCUCGGGAUUUGGAAAACAGUGGAUUCGUCAAAUUUUCAAAAAGUUCGCCAUCCAGAAUUUAUGAAAAAUGUACUUGAUGCUAAUCCUGAUAUACGGAAAGAUUUGUGGGCAUUAUCAAUUUUGAAAGACCCGAUACUAUUGUCUUCAAUGCAGCAACCAGAAACAAUUCGUCGUGUUGCGGAAAAACAUCAUAUACUCGUCGAAGCCUCGCGUUCGAUUGUACAGCUUCUUAACUCAAAAAUGAUAUCGAAAUCUGCAACUUUUUCACCUACAAUCGAAAGCGCAUUAGAUGAUGCUCUAUCCGAUUCAUCGUCUAGCGACGACAAUACUUCUCCAACUACAUCUACUGGCGCUCGUUCAGCACGGCGCAUCACUGCUGACCAAUUGGCUUCUGCAUUGGCUUUCGCUGGGACCUCCUAUAAUUCGCUUUCAAGUAUCUCCCAACGAGACGCUGAUAAUCGAGAAAGUACGGAUCGCACGAAUCAACCAUCUACAUCCGGUAGUAAUAACACCUCGAACCGUAUAACACCGUCGAUGUUUAUGAACGCACUAUCCGAGGUUAUCCAGUCGCAACGGCGAACAAAUGAACCAGCAGAACCGAUGGAUACGUCGCCAUCUUCGGUAGUGUCUUCUGGAGUGGUUCCUCCCACAGUAGAUAACGACAUGGGGUCGCAGACUCAGUCACAGCAUUCAACAAUGGAAGCUAGUCUCAAUCAGUAUCGCGCUGAACUGGAGCAAAUGAGAGAGAUGGGUCUCACUGAUACUGAAACGAAUAUCCAAGCGUUGAUCGUUUGCAAUGGAAAUGUGGAAGCAGCAGUCAAUCUUGUCUUCAGUGGAAUGACAAAUUGAGCUGAACGAGAAUACAUAUAUUGAACAAAAAACUAACAUUUGUACGACGAGUGAACUAUAUAGGU